GACGCAUAUUUCACCGCGCAUGAUCAGUCCGGGUUGGGCCCUGUUGUUUUUUUGUCCUUUGCGGGUUGCCGGUGAGAUCGGGAUCGAGAUCGGGAGGGGUCCUCCCUCCUGAGGCGAGGAGCCAGGAACGGAUUAUACUCUGCGGGGCAACACCAACAAUUUCUCUUCGAUGGGGCUAGAUGGUCGUCCUUCUGCAAUGAAGCAGAAAUUUCAAGCUGCUGGACUUCGGUUGUGGGGAAAUCCCGGAUUGCACUACCCAGUCUGAGACGUGGGGAUGAUGUGUGAGGCUCUCAGGGUGGUUAGACCUGCGGUGAGAGAUUUAUUGGAAGAAAACCCCAACUGAAAGCAAACCACGACUGAAGACGAAGUAACAGCAACAAGUGAACCAGCCCGAGGACUGAGAGCAUCAACUGGAGAGAACCCAUCUGAUUCAGAGAUUCCAGUGAUUCAGUCAGGAGAAAGUUUGAUGGAUGUACUGUCCAGUCCUUAUCAGUUUACAAGGCCCUGACUUAAUUACAGACAGAUGUUCAUUCCUGUACUUAUCGGUUAAACAUGACAACGAAUUUGUCUACGGAAAUCUCGAACACAACACGCCAGUUUUGCUGUCUCUGUCCAGGUAUUUAAGAAGUGGAGCAAGGGACUCACUCAAACAUCUUUCCUGCUCAGACUGUGGGGAGGGAUUCACUCGAUCAUCUGACCGACAGGCACGCCCGUCAUUUUACACAGGGGGAUCUCAUUCAUCUGCUCAGGCAGUGGAAAUAGAUUCACAUCAUCAUCGCAACUGAAAGUACAUCAGCAAGUUCACACUGGGCAAGGCCAUUCACCUGUUCUGUGGGUGAGAAGGGAUUCAGUCAGUCAUCCCACCUGUGGACACACCAGUCAGUUCACACUGGGCAGAGGCUGGUCACCUGCUGACUUUGUAGGGAAGGGAUUCACUCGGUCAUUUGACCUAAUGGCUCACCAGCGAGUUCACACCGGAGAGAGGUCGCUCACCUGCUUGGACUGUGGGAAGGGAUUCAGUUGGUUGUCCCAACUGAAGGUACAUCAGCGAGUUCACACUGGAGAGAGGCCGUUCACAUGCUUAGAGUGUGGGAAGGGAUUCAAACAGUUAGCCAACCUACAAGCACACCAGUCAGUUCACUCUGGGGACAGGCCAUUCACCUGCUCAGUUUGUGGGAAGGGAUUCAGUCAAUCAUCUAAUCUGAAGGUACAUCAGCAAGUUCACACUGGAGAGAGGCCGCUCACCUGUUCAGACUGUGGGAAGGGAUUCACUUUCUUAUCUCACCUGAAGAUACAUCAGCGAGUUCACACUGGGGAGAGGCCGUUCACCUGCUCAUACUGUGGGAAGGGAUUCACACAGUUAGCUAGCCUAGAAGCACACCAGUCAGUUCACACUGGGGAGAGGCCGUUCACCUGCUCGGACUGUGGGAAGGGAUUCAAUUCGUCAUCCCAACUGAAGGUACAUCAGCGAGUUCACACUGGGGAGAGGCCGUUCACCUGCUCAGAGUGUGGGAAGGGAUUCAAACAGUUAGCCAGCCUAAAAGCACACCAGUCAGUUCACACUGGGGAGAGGCCAUUCACCUGCUCAGAUUGUGGGAAGGGAUUCACUCAGUCAUCUAAUCUGAAGGUACAUCAGCGAGUUCACACUGGGGAGCGGCCGUUCACCUGCUCAGACUGUGGGAAGGGAUUCACUUUCUUAAAUCACCUGAAGGUGCAUCGGCGAGUUCACACUGGGGAGAGGCCGUUCACCUGCUCAGAGUGUGGGAAGGGAUUCACACAGUUAGUUAGCCUAGAAGCACACCAGUUAGUUCACACUGGAGAGAGGCUGUUCACAUGCUCGGACUGUGGGAAGGGAUUCACUUGCUCAUCUAACCUGAAGGUACAUCAGCGGAUUCACACUGGGGAGAGGCCAUUCACCUGCUCAGACUGUGGGGAAGGAUUCACUCGGUCAUCAGACCUAAUGGCUCACCAGCGAAUUCACACCGGGGAGCGGCCAUUCACCUGCUCAGACUGUGGGAAGGGAUUCACUCGCUCAUCUGAAUUGAAGGUACAUCAGCGAGUUCACACUGGGGAGAAACCAUUCACCUGCUCAGUCUGUGGGAAGGGAUUCACUCGGUCAUCACAACUGAAGGUACAUCAGCGAGUUCACACUGGGGAGAGGCCGUUCACCUGUUCAGUCUGUGGGAAGAGGUUCACACAGUUAGCCAGCCUACAAGCACACCAGUCAGUUCAUACUGGCGAGAGGCCAUUCACCUGCUCAGACUGUGGGAAGGGAUUCACUCAGUCAUCCCAACUGAAAAUACAUCAGCGAGUUCACACUGGAGAAAGGCCGUUUACCUGCUCAGACUGUGGGAAGGGAUUCAAACAGUUAGGUAGCCUGCAGACACACCAGCGAGUUCACACUGGGGAGAGGCCAUUCUCCUGUUCAGACUGUGGGAUGGGUUUCACUCGGUCAUUCCAACUGAAAGUACAUCAGCGAGUUCACACUGGGGAGAGGCCAUUCACCUGCUCAGACUGUGGGAAGGGAUUCACACGGUUAGGUAACCUACAAGCACACCAGCCAGUUCACACUGGGGAGAGGCCAUUCACCUGCUCAGUCUGCGGGAAGGGAUUCGCUCAGUCAUCCCAACUGAAAGUACAUCUGCGAGUUCACACUGGGGAGAGGCCAUUCACUUGCUCAGACUGUGGGAAGGGAUUCAUUCUGUCAUUCAACCUACUGAGACACCAGUUAGUUCACACUGGGGAGAAGCCAUUCACCUGCUCAGACUGUGGGAAGGGAUUCACUUGCUCAUCUAAACUGAAGGUACAUCAGCGAGGUCACACUGCGUAGAGGCUAUUCCUCAGUGUGUGGGAAGAGAUUCACUCGGUCGUCCGACCUACAGAGAUGCCAGUGAGUUCACACUGGGAAGAGGCCAUUCUGCUCAGACUGUGGAAUGGGUUCACUCGGUCAUUCCAACUGAAAGUACAUCAGUCAGUUCACACUGGGAGAAGGCCAUUCACCUGCUCAGACUGUGGGAAGGGAUUCACUCAGUCAUCUAACCUUAUGUUACUUUCGCUUCAGCAAGCAGCUUAAUAUUGGGCAUUAUUGCCCCCCCCCCCCCCACCCCCAAGCCUGGCCAGACAAGAAACAGUUAAAUGGUUGAGCUUUAUAAAUCUUACUUUGACUAUAGGUUUAGUAUAGAAAACAAGAAAAAAAGAAAAAGGGCCCACUCUCUCCAUUCGCGUCUUCUCUUCUCUCCCUGGCAAAUGUCUACGAAAAUCUCAACAACAAUUCUGUCAUUGGAUAGCCCCGCACUCCAAAACCCUGUCAUCUCUUGUCAUAACUUAACCAUUGAUGCUACAGAGAAACCAUUACCUCAGCAGUCAAACCUGACAGUAUGUUACACUUGUGACAAACUACCGGGUUCUCACAGGGGAAAAAGUUUCAAUAAGCUGCAUGCUGGAUAUUUGUCCAUCACCAUUGUUGAAUGCUAUUUUGAGAGUGACUGUCAGUGCUGAACUCUGCAACUAUUGCUGUUGCUCACCACAGCCGGUUCUGCACCCUGGUCACUGGGCAUGGGAGGAGUUUCUUCUGCUGCAUAUUCAUCUUUAAUGGGACUAGAGUUUAAUAGACUGGAUCUGAGACAAACAAAUCAGUUCUAUUUUAAAAUCUAUCUCCGGUACUUGGUGAAUUUAUAAUACACCUAAUGUAUAGUAGAGAGGCAACUCAGGCCAACUGGACCCUGCCAGUGAUUCUGUUCCAUGACAGUCCAUUUAAAUCCUCCACUGUUGUUUCCUUCACUCUGCGUGUGGUGAUGGGUUCCAAACAGUCACCACUCUGUGGCUGAAGAGGUUUGCCUUGAAUUUUUUGCAGACUGAAGAAGUUGAGCUGACUGCAGUUCUGUCUAAGAUGUUCUUCACCCCUCUAAUCUCUGGGCUGAGGAAGAAUGACAUUGGUUGUUAACCUCCUUAUUUAGGGCUCAUUUCAACAUUAUGGGUCAUUUUCCCUGCUUCUAAAGGGUUGUUAGAAAGCACCACUGUCCUCUAAACACUGAAAGCAGAAUGGGAAACCAUUAGUUGGCUGUUCAACAGAGCAGGGUCAGAAACCAGAGGCGCGUCUGCACAGGGCAGAGUUUGGGCUCUGGGCAAUGGUCAGGGUAAGAAUGGAGAAGAGAAUCAGCAGCGGGUCGUGGCAACGAAUGACAGUAGCAACAUUUGGAAGCUAAUUGGCAGUGAAAAUAAUUCAGUUGUCUGACUGAUGACACAAACAAAGCCAGUUGUGAUGUGCCUCAUUGAUGUGCGCACAUGUGUGUGUUGUGAAUGGUUUUAUUUAUUGAGGGAUUUGUUCCUGCUUGUUAAUCCUGUAAUAUUAUAUCCGGAUGGUUAUUAUGGAUUGUCCUAUCUGAAAUAAUGUAUUGAUUAUCAUAUAAUUUGUAAGCUUUUGACUCUAAAAGUGGAUACGGCUGAAUUCAUGGUGCCAUUAUGAAGUGAUGGAGGGCAUUCAUGAGUUUGUAAUUUUAAGCAAGAUUUUGGUGAAUGAAAUUUGCCACUUGAUUGUACCUUUGUAAGUAAUCAGAUUGAGUUCAACUGCUGCAGGAUCCUGGAAUGUGUUGGAUUUUGUCUGGUUUCUCUUGGCGUUUUCUGCAUUUAUUGUCUUGCUUGAUUGCAUUGUAUGUAUUUUUUUUUCCUUUUUGUUAACCACCUUGUCCUGUAGUUCUGCAAGGAGCCCUGUUUCUGGGAAGAGGUCUCCAACUCUCAGUCAGGUGCUCGCUGCUUCCUUGUCAACAUCUUGUCUGCUCAGAUCAUUGGAUGUCUCCCAUGGAGGAUCAUACUCAUUCCACUGGUUAAUGUUUGCUUCUAUAUUGAUGAUUUAUUUUUCUGAGUUAGCUUCUGAUUUAUGUUUCCUGGUCUGUAUUUCUUAUCACAAUUGCAUAUACACACAUGGAGCAUUAAAUUCUGUUCAUUUUUGA